AUGCCUUCGGUCCAUUGCCAACGCGUCUAUGGGGUCAAAGUCUCCAACGGAACGAGCCUCGUUCUCGUCGUCCCUCCACCGCCCAUGAUCAAGCUCCUUCGGUCUGAACGCGCCUCCGUCAUAUCGGAGGCGGCAGUCUUGAAAUGGCUUGCUGGCAAGACCAUCGAGCAGCCUCUUCUUCAGGAGCGAACUCCCGAGCCGGACGACUUGCUGGCACCCUCCUCGGAUUUGGUCAAAGGGGUGAAAGGGGGUGGAAACUCCCUUGACGACACAGCAGAAAAGUUACGUGCUCUGGUACCAACACUCGUAUCGCAUGCGGCGACUUUGAACGAGUUAGGCCUCGAAUACAACCUCCUUAAACCAAUACAAGGCACCCCGAUCUCCGAGUUGAGCCCACCACUCUCCCCCUCAGAACGUAGGACAGUCGAUUACCAGAUCGGACAGCUGUACAGGCAGUUAUGCAAGCAAGUAUCCCCAACUGGGCGAUUCGGUCCCGCUUUUGCCGUCCUUCCUUCGGCUGCAUCACCACCCGCGACAGACCCGAUAGAGCCAGCGAGGCGAGACGUGAACGCAAGACUGAUGGAAUCGAGGGGGGUCCAGUCCUGGACCACAACAUUCCACUCCAUGCUGGAAGCUGUUCUUCGAGAUGGGGAGGAUAUGCAGGUUAUGCUGGGAUAUGGUACUAUUCGCCGGCAUUUCAAGCGCCUCGAACACACUCUCGACGGUAUCAAAACACCCCGACUCGUGGCCGUUGACAUCGGGAAGGAUAUCAACACGCUUGCGUUGAGAAAACUGCGCCGAGGAGGUACCGUAUCGCUUGCAACAAGCAGAUCUAAGAGCGCUCUGGAAGAUGUCCCUCGAAGUAAUGGCAGUGAUGCGGAUGGUGAAGAGGACGCCGAUCAUGCGACAGAGUCAGAAUCAGAAGAUGCAGCAACCAUUUCUCUGUAUUAUCAGAACGACAUCAUCAUGACCGGGAUGAAGGACUGGAGUAAUUUUGUCUUUGGCGAUCCGUUAUUCGCCCUCAACUUUAGCCGGGACCCGAGCAGCGACUUUCUCGCGGGGUUUGGCGGUGACUCGAGAGGGCAGGGCCCCACUACGUCCAUGUUCUCUUCGGACAUGAUCGAGGACAAGGAGAGAGCUCACGUCCGCCUUCUCCUGUACGACUGUUACCACACUGUCACCCAUAUCGCCAAGGGGUAUUUCCGGCCGCAAAAAGAUAGCCACGAGCUAGAGGCUCGGAAAAGGCUCAAUGCCAUCUUGGCACAAUUGGACGCGCUGGACGAUACUGGCAUUCGGAGGGGAAGAAGACCAAGCGGCGAAUUGAGCCCGGCGAAACGCUCCAAGAGCAGUAGCAAGGACGAUUAG